ACUUUAUAGAGUAUUUUACACACUCAUAAAGAUAUGGCACUUGUAAACUAGUCACCAUUAAUGCUUUUGACAGUAUUUUAUUGUUUUGGUAUUAUUAAAUUUGAGUUUUACUUUGUGACUUAGACAAUAUGGCAAAAAAGAAAGGGGGCAAACCUAGCAAUGUUCAAGACCCUACAUGGGAACAUUAUGCUUGGGUUAGUGAGGACAAUCGAAUGCAUUUAAUGUGCAAUUAUUGUGGUCAAGCUUUUUGGGGUGGGGUCAUUCGCAUGAAAAAUCACUUGGCGGGAACUCACAACGAGGUAUGCGAAUGUCCUCAAGUUUCCGAGGAAGUUAAAGAUUUUUUCCUUGAGUAUCUAAAAGGGAAGAACAAAAAAAAAGCCGCGAAGUUGGAAUGUUUUGAUGAUGAGGAAGAUGUGGGAGUUAAUUCCAAAAGUAAGGGGACGGUGGAUGCUUAUGUUACCAAAGGCAAGAAGAAAGAGAAACAACUUACUUUGAAUGAAAUGGUAAAGAAGAGGGAACCCGUGAUUAGAGAUAUUUGUCGGUUUUUCUACAAGAACGCCAUAGCUUUCAAUUGUGUUAAAUGCCCUACAUUUAAGAGAUUGGUAGCUUCAAUUGGUGAAUAUGGGAGAGGGUUAAAACCCCCUACUUAUCAUGAGGCUAGGGUGUCAUACUUGAAAAAGGAGGUGGAUCUUGUGAGAGAGGGAUUAGAGGUGUAUAAAAAAGAAUGGAAGAAAACGGGUUGUACCCUAAUGUCCGAUGCGUGGAGCGAUGGAAAGUAUAGAAGCAUUACAAAUUUUCUUGUCAAUAGUCCACGGGGUACCGUUUUCCUCAAAUCUAUUGACACAUCCGGCAUUAUCAAGAAUGCGGAUAAUUUGUGUGACUUGCUUGAUGACCUGGUGAAAGAAAUUGGAGAAGAGCAUAUAGUCCAAGUGGUGAUCGAUAGUGCAUCGGCUUAUGUAAGCGCCGGGCAAUUGCUAAUGGAGAAAAGGCCUAAUUUGUUUUGGAACCCUUGUGCCGCUCAUUGCCUUGAUUUGAUGCUUAGUGACAUUGGCGAGUUUGCAGUCUUUAAGGAUACCUUAGCAAAAGCAAAGGAAGUCACUGUGUUCGUCUAUAGGCAUCAAUGGGUACUUGACAUGUUUAGAAAAUACACAAAAAAGAUGGAAUUGGCACGACCGGCAAUUACUAGAUUUGCUCCCUCUUAUCUCACCUUGAAAAGAUUUGAUGACUUAAAGAUUCAAAUUAGAGCUAUGUUUGCAUCGGUGGAGUGGGCUACAAGCUCUUAUGGUAAAAGUGCGGUGGGGAAUAAAGUGGAAAGCAUAAUUUUAGAUGAUCAUACAUUUUGGAAAGGAAUCAAAUUUUGCAUGAAGUGUGUUUUGCCUUUGGUUAAAGUAUUGAGGCUUGUGGACGGUGAUAACAAGCCGGCCAUGGGGUACAUUUAUGAGGCUAUGGAUAGGGCGAAAGAACAAAUCGCCAAAAACUUGGGGGAACAAAAGAGAAGGUAUGAGAAAAUAUGGAAUGUCAUUGAUACGAGAUGGGAUUAUCAACUCCAUAGACCCCUUCAUGCGGCGGCUUACUACCUCAAUCCCAAGUUUCAAUAUAGUGAAACAUUUAAAGCCGAUAGAGAAGUUAGAAAGGGCUUGUACACCACCAUUGAGAGGAUGUACCCGGAUAUGGACACAAGGAUUAUCAUUGAUGAGCAACUAGAGAAGUUCAAAAAUGCCGAGGGUAUGUUUGGUAUGGACAUGGCCAAGUUGACAAGAGAUAAGAAGCAACCCGCAUUAUGGUGGGAGAGUUUUGGAGAACAGUGCAAGGAGCUCCAAAGGUUAGCAAUAAGAGUGCUAAGCAGCACUUGUAGUGCAACUGGAUGUGAAAGAAAUUGGAGCAUAUUUGUUAUUGUACACUCAAAAAGGAGGAACCGUUUGGAAACUCAAAGGAUGAAUGCAUUGGUGUUUGUAAAAUACAACAUUCAACUUGAGUUGAGGCAAGAGAAGAGGCAAGAGAGGGGUGAUACAUAUGAUCCAAUUUGUUUAUCUGAUAUGGAGUCCGACGAUGAAUGGAUCACUUAAAAAGAAGGUCCAGUACUACCCGUAGAUCAUUCAUGGAUGGACAUUGAAGAGUGCUUUAAAGAUAAUGGAAUGGUUGGGAAAAAAAGAAAGAGAGGGCUUAGGAACUUGAAUGCUUAUGGCCGAAAAAAGGGAAAAAAGAAAGCAAGUGAGUUGGAUGAUGAAGAUGAAAUUGAAGUGCUUGAUGACAAUGAAGUCAUUGAACUCGAGGGAGAAGAAGAGGAAGAAGAGGAAGAAGAGUUUGAUGAAGCGAUUAUGGCGGAUGAUGAUGAUGAUGAUGUGGAGGAACUUGACCUUGAAGAUGAUUGAGGAAUGAUCAAUCAAAACUAUCUUAGAACUUAUUUACUAGUUAAAUUGUGUUUGAAACUUUGAAUGUUCUUUUUUGAUGCAACUUGCAAGUUGCAAGUACUAUCGUUAUUUGCUAGGGCUUACGUUAUGCUAUUAGGUAUUUGAAAUCUUGAAACUUGUGGAUCUUGACAUCUUGUGUUGAUUAUAAUUGCAUGUAUGGCAUAACUAUAUUGGUUUUUGAACUUUUUAUUGCCAUUUAUGUAGAAAUAUAGACCACGGAGGGAUUCACCCACAUCUCUUGCAAUAAAAGCAAGUGUCUUGCCUAUUUAGACCACGUGUUCAUCUAUUUAUCUUUUGAAACACUAUCUUUAUUGAUUCAAACAUGAAAUAUACAUUUUGUAUGCAUUUUUAAAAUCAUGACCGAAUCGAAGCGAUUCACGAUCCGAUUCGAUUCACGAUUCGCUACUGGGCCUUUUCGAUUCUCGAUUUGGUUCACGAUUUGACAAC